AUGUCGUCUUUUGUCUUGACAAACUUGGUUGUCACGGCUGGCAUGCUUACACCGGGUCUCGGGACAGCAGGUACACUAGGAUGGCAAGUGACGAACCAGUCGGUCAACGUCGGAAUCAACUUCUCCAACGCGAACAAGUCGAUCCCGCUCUCUACGUCCACAAUCGUCCAAUCCUACCUCCUCGCCGUCAGCGCAUCAUGCGGUGUCGCUCUCGGUCUCAAUGCGCUGGUGCCCCGCCUCAAGAGCCUGUCGCCCAACGCAAAAGUCAUUGCCGGUCGAUUGGUGCCCUUCGCAGCUGUUGCAACAGCUGGUGCGCUCAACGUGUUCCUCAUGCGCGGUGAGGAAAUCAGGCAGGGCAUCGACGUCUACCCCGCGCUAUCGGAAGCUGAGCGAAAAAGGGUUGACACGGGAGAGAUGGAGGUCAAGCCACUGGGCAAGAGCAGGAAGGCAGCUACGCUUGCUGUAGGAGAGACGGCGCUGAGUCGCGUGCUCAAUGCGACACCUAUCAUGGUCCUGCCGCCUCUCCUGCUUGUGAAGCUGCAGAAGACAGAAUGGCUCAAGCAGAGGCCCAGGAUGGUGACGCCGGUGAACUUAGGACUCAUUUUCACGACAUCCAUCUUCGCGCUGCCACUUGCACUCGCUGCGUUCCCGCAACGCCAGGCUGUCAGUGCGCAGUCGCUCGAACCCGAGUUUCAUCAGCGCGGUGGCAAGGAUGGCAUGGUGGAGUUUAACCGUGGGAUAUGA